AUGCUGAUUUUAACACCCAAAAUACACCCCUCUUGUACUAGAGUUCUUUGUCCCUCUCUUGCAGAGGAUUAUUUAUCUUCUAAGGAUGCGUUUAUAAGGGCAUCCAAAAUGGACUUCAACGAUUGGAAUAUCUUAUGGAGUGUUUGUUUUGGAGUGAUGGCCAUCAUAAUCGUGUUCGGAAACUGUCUUUCCAUUCUGAUUCUCUUGAAGCGAAGGCUUCGCAAACGUCCUCAUUUCUUGCUGAUCAGUCUGGCCAUAGCAGACCUUCUGGUCGGACUAUUUUCCAUACCAAUGUACAUGGUCAUGUGGUUCACUCGACAGACGCUGCUGUCUUCACUUGUUUUUGAUUGCGUUGAUAUGUACACUGGCUUUUCCUCAGUGUUUACAUUGGUCUUCAUUUCCCUUGAAAGACUUAACGCCAUAACUCAACCACUUCGUCACCGACAGUUGACAUUGCACAGCUACUUCAUUGCCAUAGCAACGCCUUGGAUCCUCUCCGUCGCUGUAACAUCAUCUCGAGUGCUGCUAGGGUUGGCCAUCAUAGACGUCCAUCAGUUCUUGUCUGUCAUCAUAAUGAGCCUAUCAAGUCCUCUGGUGAUAAUGUGCAUUGCCUAUUGCGUCAUUUGGAGAAAGGAAGCCUCGCGCCUCUAUCACUCUUUCAGAGCGAGGAGUGAGGCAAGGCUGGCUAAGACGGUGCUUCUUGUAACAGGAAUGUUUAUGUUGACUUGGAUGCCAUUCCAAAUCCUGGUAAUUGUGAUUGUCAAGUGCGCCACAUGUAACAACGUGUCUCUUGCAGUUGUCUUUGUAAUCAAGCUUCUUCAGUUUAGUAACUCGGUUCUGAACUUUUUCAUUUAUUGUCUCAGAAUGCCGAAUUAUCGCCAAGCACUGUUUUCAUUGUUUCCUAGUUGUAAUUGCUGUCAUCUUCGAAACGGAGUGGUUCAUCCUUCCGUUGAGUCUCAAGCGACUGGCGUCACCAUUCUUUCGUUCUCGACCUCAAUGACACAUACAGCACAAGAUACAUAGACGCAUACAUUUUACGUUGAGGUAAAAGUUGAGCUCUGCUCGAGUGACAAAAAAAAAAACAACAACAAAACAAGGAAAAACAGAAAUAAAUGGUAUAAUAUGACACUUUCAAAUGUUUGAAUGUUUGCAGAGGUGGAUAUAUUUGAUAUCACUGACUGCCAGUCAGUGCACGUGUAAAAUAUUUAUCCGAUUUGUAAAUACGCGAUCAAGCAUGUUUGAAAUUUGAUACCCGCCAAGGGAAAAAUGUUUGCGCAGAAAGGUAACGAAUUUAGGAAAAUAGUAAUUUUUAAAGUAGAACAACACUCUAAAAAGAUGAUGAUUUUCAGGAGAACUGUAAAAGAAAAAGAGUUUCAAAACUGCAAGAAAAAUAUGUACAGGAUACGGCAUUACUAAAGGCUGCCUAUUGUUGAGUGUCACAUUCGCCAUCAUCCUUCACUGUACUGACACAGGGUGAAUAGAUAUCUGCCGUUAUCUUUUUCGCAGCUACUGAGCGGGCGGAAUUUUUCCAUCCGAACCGCCACAGAGGGCGGAAUCCGUCGUGUUGAUCUGUUUUCGCGAACGAAUUAGUGGUAAUGGUCAGUCUUUAGCCCUUGUUUACACAUUAUCUGUUCCAAGGAAUUUGAGCUUGAUGUAUUGAAUACUUUUUGUGCGACGCGGGUUUAAAAACUCAACAUUUUACAAAGAACGUAUGAGCUCAUUAGCACUUUUGCCACCCAGAAACGCAGCAGUUGGUGAAAGCCAAUUUCCCCUUGAAUAUUACACCCAACGAGCCAAACAUUUCACCAGUUACCAGGUUUCACAAGCUCUUUUAAUGUUUGUAGUCAAUUCGUGUCUAGCAUGAGGCCUUCUACGCUCAAAGUCGUAUGUUGACGCGGAAAAAUGUAAACAAUCACGUCGGCAGAGAUUCGCCUACACUAUAACCAACAAGCUACCCUACUAGUAACAAAACGGUAAACCUGCCUUAUAAGGAUGCCGUGUAAAAGUCUUUAAAACGGUAUGAUAAUUACUGAAAUCAGAAAUGACCUUGCUUUAAAAAUAAUUAUGGGUUUUUCAUUUAACUAAUCUGGUGAGUACAUUUGUAAAUAUUCUUGAUGAACUUUCUAAAUAAAAUAUUUGACAAACCAAUGACUUUCGUUGUUGUUGUUGUUGUUGUUGUGGUUGUUGUCGUUGUCGUUGUUCUUGUCUUGAACUAACUGAUGAUUGUAAUUGUUAAGAUCUUAGUGGCUGCUUGUAAUCUUACUCAAAUCUUAAACAUCUACUGUACACGGUAGCACGGUGCGAGGUGAUAAGUGACUUGAAACCUAACCCUAAUAACAAAUCAAUUUCAUAGAAUUUAAAAUCAAAGACAAUUCUUUUCAGUUUUAAAUACAUGUUUCGUCAGUUACAACUAGAGUGAAUUUAAACAUACAAGUCAAUAUACAAGUUUUGUACAAUAGGUGCUACCUAGAAUAACUUAAGUUGCAUGAAUAAAAUAAGUAGUUCUUGGCCAGUCCUUAGUUUCAGCGGAGCGAGCGAGCAGCAACCUAAUCAGGAUUUAAGAAGAAUAUAUAGAAAGGAGUACGAAUUCUCGAAUUCAUCACUCUUUACCAGAAUGCACUGCAUUUAACCACAGUGCACUGCGCCAUUUUUGCCAGAGUGCGUUGCGCCACGAACAUCACGAGGACGUCGAGCCGUCGUCCUUUUCGCGUGGAUUCCAGUAAGAAAGAUAAGUGGUUAUGUUUUGCUCUAAUUCACCUGUAAAACGAUGUGAAGGAGAUUGUGCCUGACUUUCAACUCUUGCUCUUGCUUCAACUCUUGCUUUUGUUCUUAAUGCAGUAGGUGAAAGUUUAAAUCUGAACGAUCAAUUUUUAAACUUAGUAUGUCAUUUCUUAGCAGUCUCGCCUCCUUGGCCAAAUUCUUAAAUGAAGAGAAAUCUUCGCUACUAAAGCUUGUAGAAUAAUUAAGACAAACGAAAAUCGUAGAACACGCUAAUUUCAUAUAUGCUGCGAUUUAUUCCUUUUCAUCCAAACAGAAAUUUAAGCUAAAGCUUUAGCAUUUUCACGC